AUUAAGGACAAGAAGUGCAAUUAUUUUCCUCAAAUGCAUAGAAAUUGUGAAACCAGCCACAAUAUUCAUCUUAUUCGCCGACGAAGCAAUUUAUUUCGAUAGUUCUUGCAAUCACAUCCCUUCUUCAACUAACAACUCUCUUCAUCUCAUUUGUUGGCAAGAAGUGAAAAAAAGAGAUUCAUUUCAUACAGAAAGCAGCCAUGGCGGGAGUGAUGUUUGAUUACCCAUAGGAGUGAGUCUCAUUCCUUUAUCUUUCACUGAAGAAGAAGGGGUUUUGAAAAAGCAAAGAACAGAAUCUUGUUUCUCUUUUCAACUGAAAGGAAAAGCGAAAUGGAUACCAGUGGGAGUAGCAGAAACAAUGGAGGAGUGAUUGUUACAAAAGAAAGAACGAUGAGAUUAGAGAACCCUUUUUCUGUUAAAGUGGGACAAGUGUUUACUGGCUUUGGAAUCGGUUGUGGCAUUGGAAUCGGUGUUGGUCGGCCUAUAAAUUUAGGUGAUUAUACAGUCUGCUGUAUCUCUCUUAUCAGUUCACUGUUAUUUUCCUUUUGAAAUUACUACUUGUUGGGUAAAAAUAUGAACUUUGGAGAGUUAUUUGGACCUAAUCAUGGCAAAGCUCAAAAUUCAUGUAAUGUUUUUUUCAUCCCCUUUUAUGACAUCUCUUCACAUUGUCCUCUUUAUAAGUGUUUUUUCUUCCUUUUCUUUUCGAAGUAUGGUGUAGUUUGCAUAAGUGUUUGGUUACUUUUCUGUAUUUUCUGUUUGAAGUAUGGUGUAGUUUUUUCACUGUAUGUUUGAAAUUAUGGACAUUUUGUGUUGAUCUCAUAUCCAAUUUCAAGUGGGGGUCUUGUCUUUAAAUUCUUGUUGAAAUAUGUGUUUCUGAAUUUGUUAAUGGAGAUGAUCAGAAUAUCUAGUCAGGGAUUUUUUUCCCCUGAAUAUCAAAGAGUUUACUUUCCUGUUUAUUAUAUCAGAAAGCUUGAGAUAUUAAUUCUGUUUAUCCUGAAAUCUGCGGUACUAACAUCUACCAAUACCUAGCUGCAAGCUAGAUACACGAUACAUUGAUUUUGAUUCAUAUUCAUCUACUAGGUCCAUGUUAAGGGCUUAUGACUACUCUUCUAAAGAAUCCCAUGUCAAUCAUCUGGUUAUCGGAAGCUCAUUACUGACCGAGAUGACUAUAAGCUUUUAGUGACUUUCAUGUUAUGUUAAUUUACAGCUGAGCGAUGCCCUGAAUUCGUCUUCUUCUUCUUCUUUUUUUGGGUAUUUAUUUUUUCCACUCAGCUCACCUGUUGGGGGUCCUUGAAUUGAUUAACUGCUUUUUGCGUCAAAUUGCACAAAUUAGACCAAGUAAUUAUGUGUCACUUCUGUCACUUGAGGGAAAUAGCAAUUUGCAUUUUGUUCUCUUUUACUCUACGCUCUUUAUUAAUGUCUUAUUCCAUGAUUUAGCUGCAAUCCCAAUGCUGAACCAAGUGAUGGGUGCUGCUAGAGGUGCAACAGAUGCUUUUUCUGGCGUUGGAAGACAUGUUAAUAGCUCUUUGAGGAAGUUUGGGGCAAAGAACAUUGAAGCAGGCAUUGGAUGUGGAGUAGGUUUCGGCCACGGCUUUGGAGUUGGUCUGGCCAUCAAGCCAGGUGUGGUGCAUCAGCUUCAGUCAUGCCUUAUGCAAACCAUGGCGAAUGUAAUUGAAAGGUUGGGAAUGUCUCCAAGCCUGCCUGCUAUUCAAGGUGUCUUUCCUGGUGGCCUAAGUAUGGGAAAUGAACCCUCAAUUUCAAGUCCAGUUGGAACCAUUGCGAGCAUCGCAAAGAAAGCUCCUUGCAACAUGCCUGAUGGCAGCCAUGGAGAGGGAACUGCAAUUUUAUCUCAUGAAACUGUAGCUUCUAGAAUAUCUCCUUCUGCUUCAACAUACAGCAGUCGAACUGAAAAGGUCGUCGGCACUUUCUUAGAGAGUUCUCUUCUGAAAGAGGAAGAGAAAGAAGUAAAUGGCUUGGCUGAGCAGUUACGGUCUGAGAACAAUUUACUUCAAAUGGUUUUGAGGCACCAAAGAGUUAUUGAGGAACUGAUGGAAGAAAACAAGAAGCUUCACAAAAUACUGGUGGAAGAUCUGAAAAUCUCGCCAGAUAGGCUUCAAGAUACCUUUUCCAGUUCGAUUGAUAGUAAGUCACCUUGUACUGAAUGUUUUGAUUGCCGUAGAAGGCGGAGAAGAAGAGCCAGCUAGAAUAUUUUUAAAAGUUUUCACUGUUCGUGCGAAAUUUUUGCGUUAGGCUUUUCUUAUUCGGAGGAAUCAAUUAGUUUUUGCACCUUAUAGAUUGAGAAAAGUUAGUGAAAACCAUCACAUUGAUGUCAAAGAAUCUGAUAAAUGUUCACAAAAGGUUAGAGAAAAGUUAGGGACCUUUGUUUCUGUCUCCUUUGCCCUAUACUUUUGUAGAUCUACCUAUCUUGGUAUGAAUAGAUGCUGUUUCUUGUUUGGUUGUGCAGCAGCUAGUAACCUUAGUAGUGAUUUUCCUUCAAUGCCAAGUUAUUUGUUUCUUUGUUCUGUCUGGAAAUUUUACUUAUGCCACUAGCGCUGUAAAUAGAAUACCACUGUAUUUGUGUGCAACCAUGUUGAACCUGGAAAUGUUUGACAACACGUUCUUUCUGUGAGGAACUAAUGAGAAGGUCAAAAGCUUUGGUGCUGCUUGAAAUCCUCAUGAUUUUAGGAGUUGGUUAAAAUUGUAGGGUUCUCAUCAAUAUAAUGGUAAUCCGGCUAGAAAAAGAAAGAAGAAACAGAGGAAGACAACUGAAGAGUGAAUGUUUAAACUGGAAAAUUAAUUGGAACUCACAAAAGCUGUUAGCUUACGGUCAGUUAACUACUUUGGGCUCUAAUUAAGG